ACUUUUGUUAUAGAUUAAUGUUUUAUUCGUGGACGAGAUAUAAACUUUGUAUCGGGAGCGCGAUAUGAAUAAUUAUAUCGAAAAACAUUGAAUUUACGUUGUCGUGUAAAUGGCUAAUCCUUAUUUGCGUUCUUACAGAAAGAUUUUUCUUAUUAAAUCAUGUAUUUAUUGUUUGAAUUAUUCAACUUUUCCCGCCACUUGAUCACGUGACACUGCGUUCUGCGCAGGUGUUGAUUCUAACCUGACCUUAUUGGCUUAUCUUUGUGAUCUGUAAUGGUGACGCACUUAUUCCCGCAUUUUACGUAUGACAGAUUGUUCGUCGAGUUUAUUUUAUACAGUGAUUUCCGACGAUGGUGAUUUAAAUAAUUUCUCAUUUUUUGAUUUCUCUUUCCUCCAUGCGUUUACAUGCGACUUUCGGACUUUUAGAGGUAUCGAAACAUGCACUUACAAUUUAGUCUGCAUUAAGUACCUUUAAAAUUGUACAUUUAAUCUGAGCAUGAUAUAUAACUAUACUGUGAGUUUACGAUGAUUAUUGAGGAUUAAAUCAUUUAAUGUUCUAUAAAAUGCAAACUACAAUAGAUCAAUUUUAUAAAGUUACGAGCAAUAAGAAACGUGCAAAAGUAAAAAGUAUCAAGGAAUCAUCUAAUCACAGAAGUCCAAUUGGGAAAAAAGAGAGACAAUUCUCAAGCAAAUUCAAAUCUGCACAUGAAAAAGCCAAACAAAACCCAUAUGAAGUAAAUAGAAGAAAACGACAGUGGAAUAAUUCAUCAAGUAGUCAGGUGCAUUACUUAUCACAGACUGAUAUGCAAACCAGCUUGACUAAAAUUAUGGCACCUAAGCCAUUUGGAUCGCCAACUAUUACAUUUACUUCUCCUAUUAACAGUCAAAAAGGAACUCCUGUGUCAAAAAGCAGUUCAAAAUUUAGUCCAAAAACAUCAUCUCCAAUCUCAAUAAGAAACGAGUCACAUAGGACUGCAAAAAUAGUGCGAAGAAAAUUAUUCGAAGAUAGAACUGAGGAAUUAAUUUCUGAGACAAUAAAUAAUUUAAAUUAUGCGAAAGAAGGAGCAAUAUCUAAUAAUGACAUUGAUCUGGAGGAAAUUUACUCGAGCAAAAAAUUUAACUACAUGUAUAAUCCUAUAGAUACUACAACUACAACAAAAUUUGAAAUUGAUGACGUAAUUGUGCCUACAGACACAUAUUCGUUGCAUUUUUUUCUAGCCAUUGUUACUGUAUUUUCUAAUCCAAUCAAUUGCGGAUACUUUAAUGAAGAUGAAUUAAAUUUUAUCUUUUCGUUACUUACUCUUUCAAAACACGCACAAGCACUGCUAAUACGUAUGUUCAAGAGACAGCACACAUGGCACAGGAUAAGUAACAUUAAAUACGACGAGAUAUCCACCGAUCUAAAACCGAUUUUUGACGAGCUUGUAUCACGAUCUAUUUUCAAAAAUAAUACGGAAGAAGAAGAUAUAUCUGUUUUGCUGAACUUGUUACAAGUCGAUGAAAUUCGCAAGAUUUGUCGAGAAAUAAAAGUGAUGUGUGGUAAGAAAAAAGAAGACUAUGUACAAUCAAUACUCAAGUUUUGUAAUAAGACAAAAUCGUUGUUCCCUGGGAUGUCGAAUCCCGCAACUAAAUUACGCACGUCCGUCAACAAGCGCUUGGGAACUUGUGUAUUAUUUAAUGCGAGAGCAAAAGACAUAUUUGAUAGAAUAAUUACACUGUUGAUACCGAAUCGAGAUCCCACUCACACUUUGGCGGAAGUAUUCCGAACGAUGCUAAGAGUUGAAAAAAAUGAGAUAAAGUUUCCAAAAGUAGAAAUAAGUGAUUUUCCUAUCUUUGCUAGUAAAGGACACUUGUUGGAUUACAUUGAUGCUAAAAAUACAUUAUCUGAUAUAUUGAGCGCAAUUGAGAAAAAACAAUGGGUUAUUGUACGAAAUCUUGGAUCUUUGGCCGCGCAACGUUUACCACUCUUCUUGGAGAUGGAAACAGAAAGUCUUCAAGACUCUACACUGCCUCAUCAUAUUAGAUGCUUUAUGCCAGGUUACAUGUGGCUCAAAGUUUUGUUUAAAAGCAUAGAAGCAUUUAAAAAGACUAAAGAAACAUUGCCACAGGCGAUAGAAUUUUUGCGAAUGUUAAUAAAUCAGAAUUGUCAUAUGCAGAAUAGAAAAGGAUCAUGGUUCAGUGAAUUGAUCAAAAUAGAGGUGUAUCACAUGAAGAAUCUUGAUUCUAGUGUCGCAUUACUAUCGGACGCAGUAUCGCACAAGAGUUUGACAGAAGUCGACAGAUUAGACUUGUUAGAAAGAGCAGAGAUGCUCGUUAAGAGAAAAACUGCCAUCAGUAAAAAUACAAAAGCUACCGUUCAGCAUAUAUUGGACAACGUGCUCAACAAAGCGCGACCAACUUCCCAGACGUCUUCGAUCACGAUAAAAGGAGUGUUAUGCAGAAAUAUUCAGCAAAGGAAAUCUUGUUGGUGUAUCAGCAACAGCGAAGAUGAACAGAUGUACGGUUCGGUCGAAAAUUUUGCACUAUAUCACUACAAGGAUAAGGGAUAUUCGAAGGGUGUGCACUGCGAAGGUGCCUUUCCGAUUCUUCUCUUUGGCACAUUGUUUUGGGACGAGAUUUACAAUAUAAAUAUUCCCGGCGCUUGCGUAUCAACAUAUCAGAAUGCACCUUUGGAUUUAUAUUCGUCGGAAUUUUACGAGAACCGGAAAGAGCAGAUAGACAUAAAACUCCAAAUACUUCGAAAAUAUGAUUCGGAAACAUUAAGUAAACAUUUGAAACACGCAUUCGAGUUACAUCACGAAUACACAUGUCUCUAUCAGGGCACUAUUUUUGACAACAGUGACAGCUUUCAGGAGGUAGCAUUUUGUUUAGGAGUAGAAGGUAUCCUUGGUAUUUGCGAACGGCUCAUUCAUAAUUUCCGACUCUGGAAAGCUGGCUUCCCAGAUUUAAUUGUAUGGAACAAAUAUACAAAACAGUAUAAAAUCGUAGAAGUAAAGGGUCCAGGCGAUUCGUUGUCAAUCAAACAAAAAUUAUGGUUGGACUAUUUGAAUCAUCUCGGAUUGAAUACAGAAGUGUGCUACUGCGAGUCAAGUAAAGGACGUAAGCGGGAACACGAGGAAACUAUGACGUAACGUCACAAAAUGCUUGCAAAGUUAAUUAAAUAUGCAUGAAAAAGUUUAAAGCAAUAUAUUUUAUAUUGUUGUAAUAUUCUAUAUUUUAUAUAUUAUCGUUUUCUAUAUUUAUAUUCUUCCAUAUUUCAAUUCAAAUUGUGAAAGUUAAAUCGGUGAGAUUAUUUUACAUAACAAUCAAUUAAAAUAAGGAAGUUGAUAAUAUAUACUUACUGCAUUUGUCUCGUUGCUGGCGUUUCUUCUAUAUUAAACUCUGCUACUGGUACAUUACGUUGCGCGACUUGCGGUGCAAACAUUGCAGCUGGAUAUACGAUCGCUGAGGUUCCUAUGACCAAGCAAGCAUCACAACUUUUAACAAGGUCAACUGCAACAUUUAAAAAAAAUGUAAAAUUUAAAGUAAAAAUACGUUUAAUCUUUGUUAUGUCCUUUUUAUGUUUAUGUGAUUAAAAUUUUUCUUUUCUUUC